UUGAUCAGGUUAAAGAGUUGGAUGCUAAUUAUAAUGACAUAAUUGAACGAUUAGAUGAUGUACCUCAAAUUCAUUUAGCUGAACUUAUGAUUGAUAUACCUUAUGAUGCAAUUAAAGAACUUUGGGAGGUUUCAUAUAUAGGUUUUGCUUCAAAGCCAAAUUAUGUUGUUAUACUCAACGACUCAACAUUUCUUUAUUAUGCAACCUUUCACAUAUCACUUUUACAUACCCAUUGGUUUGAAUCAUUUUCAUCUGAUAUAACAAAUUUUGUUACAGUAUUUCGAGGAAUACAAAGUGCUACAUCUGUACCAUUGCAUUAUAUGAAUCAAGUAAGAACCUGUAAUGUUUAUACAACAGCCAUUAGAAGUCACAUUAAUAAAAAGGUUCAAUUUGGUACUACGAUGUUUGUGGCUAAAACUAGCAUUCAAAUUGCGGUAUCCGAAAGUGUUACUGAAGAACUAACUGGACUUUUAGUGCAAUUUAUUAUAAAGUAUUGUCGUGGUACAGGACUAGGCAUAAAAGAUACUUCAUCAUCACCAAACAUUAUGCUACAAGAGUUUUUUACUACCGAAGUUACAGAAUCUACAUCCAAUCAUGUAUCAGAAUCUUCUACCAUUACUCAACUAUUGAGGAAUGUUCAACAGCUAUUAAUAAGUCAGACAAUGCUGUUUUCAAAACAUGUAGUUAUUGCUCAG